AUGGCCAAGGUCGCAGACGUGAGCGCGCCCGCCUGGGCCGACGUGCACAGGUUCAGCUUGCGUCGCAACCGCAUCGCGCUGGUUAUCAGCGUCGCCAUGCUCUUCAACAUCGCCUCCAUGCCGAUGAAGGCGUACCUCUCCGAGUAUGUUCCGUGGUCCGCGCCGCCGCUCCUCAACACGUCGUAUGCCAAUUACUCGGCGUUCAACUCGGAUUUUCUGGCGCAAAACCAGCGCUUGUACAACGCCCGCACGCUCGUGCCCGGCACGUCGUACUUUGAAGAUGCCAUCAACGACGUCCAAGUGCUUCGAAAAGCCAUUGCGCUGCCAGCGCCGAUCCAUAGGGCGUCGUGCUUGCAGUCGUUUCUCCUCGGGCUUCCCGGCGUCAUCUACUACACAGACGCCCAGAUCGACCUCGUCUGUAGCCUCGCGAGCGCGACGAAUGUCUCGGCUGCGGCAUGGCACUACAACGGCUCGUGUUUUUAUGAUCUUUUUUGCAACAUUGAGAUUGGCCGGUCGUGUCUCUGGCUCGAGGCCGGCGAUGCGAUCCAAGAACGCAACGCCUCCGACGGACUCUUCACACUCACCUACUCGUACAGUGCGACGCGCUUCGAUGCCUACCUCUGGUUCAAAUUUGUCUACCGCCUCGGCAACACGGCUUUUGUGCUCUAUCGCAUGUGGACGCACUACUACAUGCAUUGCGUGGACCUGGAACGUCUCUUGCGCACCAGUGGCCACAAGGCCGAUGUGAGCGCGGUCGAGUGGCGCUACGAGCUCGUGCUGGGCGAUCCGACCGCCAUCAUCCUCCGGGAUCCGUGGGUCGCCACCGCGUUUUUGAUCGACAUGUGGCUGAGCACGGGCAACAACGGCGACCUCUACGUGAUGUUUGUGACGUUUGUCUACCUCUCGCGGACGGUGUGGUUUGCCUACUGUGGCCUCUGCGUCACGGCGUAUUGUUUGAAGAAGUGGAAGAAGGAGCAUGCGUUUGCCGAGGUUGACCCGACAUUGGUGGCGAUCGCGAUCGCAUUCUAUGGCCCACUCAUCUCGUGGCUCAGCGGCAACGUCGGCUUCCUCGUGACCUUGUACCAGUGGAUGUUUACGUGCCUUGUGCCGCAACAAAACACCUCGGAGCAGAACGAGCUCGUUGUCGGCUGCACCGCCUACACCGUUCUUAUCGCGGUGCUUCCAGUGGUGUAUGGUUUCCUCGCACCGCGUUUCCAGUGCUGGGGAUGCUUUUGGUGUCUACGCCGCCGCAAACAUGCGUACAGCAGCCACCGCUACAACAACUGGAAGAAUCAGAUCCUUCUCGCGCUUCUGCGUCCCUUUCGCACCAACAACAUUCACAUGAUUACGAGCGGCGGCACCGUAUACGCAGCGUACCAUGCCAGCGCAAGCUUCAAGAACUGCCCGACGUUCAGCCUUCGGAGCGCCGACUGCUUUGUGCUGUGUUACCACCGCGGCGAGCUGCGCGAGAAGAUGCGCCUGAGUUUCCUCAGCUCCCUCGACACACGCGGGAACACGAUUUCCAACGCCACGACGCCCACGUCGUACCACUUUAACGAGCUGGUCGAGACGAGCAAAGAAGGCGUGACCUCGUUUCAGCUCCACAAACCGUCCCUGCCGUCCGUUUGGUGCAUAUAA